GGUUUUUUCUACGGCGGCUGCCAAACGGUCUGUCAAACAAGUCCAAAGUUGUCCGGACACGGGGAGGGAGGAUGAGCCCAGCGGCGAGGACACGGCAGCCGGGAGAAGCUCGUACACCGUGUGAAGGCCGUUUUAGAAAAUGAUAAGCGGACGUAGUGUUUUUGUCCACGGCUCCCAGGCAGCAGCAGCAGCAGCAGCAGUAGCGGCGGCGGCGGCGGCAGAGACGUUAGCAGGGACGCUGCAGGUUAGCUGCCGUUAGCCUGUUAGCACUCUGCUACUGUUAGCAUCGAGUGUGUAGUUUGAAAGCAACUCGCUUCAAGUGAUUCGGAGGAGUCUGCUGAAGAGGACAAACAUGGAGAACAAGGACAAAGUACAGAUGAGGAAUCACCCUCGCAGGCAGCUAAAGAAGCUGAGCGAAGACAGUCUCACCAAGCAGCCAGAGGAAGUCUUUGAUGUCCUGGAGAAGCUGGGCGAAGGGUCUUAUGGCUGCGUAUUUAAGGCACAUUAUAAAGAAACAGGGGAGAUAGUAGCCAUCAAACAAGUCCCCGUGGAGUCUGACCUUCAGGAGAUCAUCAAGGAAAUCUCCAUCAUGCAGCAGUGCAACAGUCCACAUGUAGUGCGGUACUAUGGCAGCUACUUCAAAAACAGUGACCUGUGGAUCGUCAUGGAAUAUUGUGGCGCCGGAUCAGUAUCUGAUAUCAUCCGAAUACGUAACAAGACGCUUACAGAAGAAGAGAUCGCCACCAUUCUGCAGUCAACUCUGAAGGGUCUGGAGUAUCUUCACUUCAUGAGGAAGAUCCACCGAGACAUCAAAGCUGGCAACAUCCUCCUGAACACAGAGGGUCAGGCCAAACUGGCCGACUUUGGAGUUGCUGGGCAGCUCACAGACACCAUGGCGAAGCGAAACACAGUCAUCGGCACACCCUUCUGGAUGGCUCCAGAGGUUAUACAGGAGAUUGGUUACAACUGUGUGGCCGACAUCUGGUCUCUGGGAAUCACAGCGAUAGAGAUGGCUGAGGGCAAACCGCCCUACGCAGACAUACACCCAAUGAGGGCCAUCUUCAUGAUUCCCACCAACCCUCCUCCAACGUUUCGGAACCCAGAUCUGUGGUCGCCGCCCUUUCGAGACUUUGUCAGCCAGUGUUUGGUGAAAAACCCAGAAAACAGGGCGACAGCCACACAGUUGUUACAGCAUCCAUUUAUUAAGUCGGCCAAGCCCAGUUCCAUCCUCAGAGCCUUGAUCACAGACGCCAUGGAGAUUAAAUUGAAGAGACAAGAGGAGGCAGAGCAGAGAGAACAGGAUGCCGAAGAUGAUGACAACUCGGAUGAGGACGAGGUUGACCAGGGGACGAUGGUGCGGGCAGGAACAGGAGAUUCAGGAACCAUCCGGGCUGCCGGUUCGUUAGCAAGUUCACUCGGCGGCACAGCACGGACUAUGAUCGAGCACGACGACACGGGAACCCUGCAGUCCCAGCUUGGCACCAUGGUCAUCAACUCUGACGAUGAGGAUGAAGAGGAAGCUGGUACUAUGAAAAGAAGAGAUGAGACCAUGCAGCAAGCCAAGCCGUCCUUCCUGGAGUAUUUCGAGCAGAAGGAGAAGGAGGCCAACAGUCACAACGACGGAGGAGGAAGAGGAGAAAACAACGCAGACAACCGCAAACUGUCUGCUGAAGGAGAUCUUGAAGUGGUCAGUACGUGGUCGGUGGAGGAGCUGCGGCUGAGACUCGCCUCUCUGGACCCUCAGAUGGAGCAGGAGAUCGAGGAGAUCCGUCAGCGCUACCAGGCCAAGAGGCAGCCCAUCCUCGACGCCAUCGACGCCAAAAAGCGGCGGCAGCAGAACUUCUGAGACGGACCCGCGGCGCUCCUCACGGCGGCGGCUGGAGAACCGACCUCAUGGAUUCUGCAGCGGGCCGGAGGAACGUCACUGAGGCUGUGCUGAGAGUUCUUCAUCCUAAUAACUGGUCGUGAGAUGAUGCAGCUGGAUGCAGGGACACGUGAUGAUCACCACUUUGGAUGUCAAACUGCUGAUUUUGGUAAAGAAGAACUUCCAGAGAAGUGUUCUCUGUUUGACAGAAUGUUAUUGACAUGUACUGUUGUUUGAUUUCAGAUCCAUGUUCCUUUUUUUUCUGCCCCCUUCUUGAGAUAAUCUGGAGCCUUUACGGGAGAAUUGGUUUUCUUUACAACCUGUUGUAUUCCUCAUUAAUGUGGCUGUUGUGUCUCUGAAUGCUAACGUUGCGCUCUUUGCCUUUAUUGUACAGAUUCGUGGAAACAGCAUUUCUUUGGGGGGCUAUUCAAAGAAAGCAGAUUUUUACAUCAAUCAUUUUUGAGUCCAGUUGAAAUUAAACAUAAAUUAUCGACCUGAAACGGACAUUUUGCCAACUGCUUUAGCUUCUACAAACCAGCAGACAGCAGAGCUAAGCGUUUAGUCUUGAACUCUUUUAUUUCCAUCUGAGUUUAGGGAGGUGAGACACCAGUACAACGUUAGCGUGACCCAGACUGACACGACAGCCACAUUAAUUCGGAAAUCAAGUUCAAUUAAACCCUCCUCAAAGAACUGAACGGCAUUUCUGGUGUGAAAAAUGUAAGAAACGUUUCUUUCUGCUUGCACUCAGCUGUCUUAAGCCACGGUGAAAAUGCUUAAAGAGCCCAUCAGAUCUCAUAACGUGUAGUUUAUUUUUACGUCAUAGUGGUACAGCUUCAUUGUAAGUGCUGAUGUUCAGCGUAGGUACUCGUCUGUUCAUUCCUCAGCUGUUUCCCGUCAUUGUUGGCAAACGAUGAUGCUGCUCGAGUCCUUAGUUUUCCCUCUGCAGACUGUGAAAAUGUGGAAUAGUAUCUAGUCAAGAAAAGGAUCCAUUUUUGAAAACAAAAAGCUGAAAAUACAGAAUUAAAAUGAUUGAUUUGAGAUCUGUGAGAAGUAACAAACCAAGCGCUUGGUAUCAGUCGUUAAAGGAGCAGAGAUGACAGGAUUCAUUAGUAACUUUAUCUGGUGUUUGACAGAUGAUGAUGACGUGAUGUGCAUUUACAGUUUGAUUUCUUCACUGAGAAGUCAUUUCCUUUAGCCUUGCUUCCUGUAUGAAGACUCUUCAGUUCGGUACGUGUUGCUCAGCUUCAGCGCUGAUUAUGCAGCCACGGUGGAAAUCCCUUCUCACAACUCGUGUUUUCAGUUUACAAACGAGUCUUCGCUGUUACAAAGGAAACCCUGGUCAUUAUGUCUAACGUCGUGCCUCACAACACGUUUUCUUUUUGGAUCCUCUGUCGGCUGAAGAUCAUUUUCUCAUAUUCCUGCAUCAUCAGCGUGAAGUAAAGAAGCAGAAAAAUGAUUCAGCUCAGAGAUUUUUGUGGAAUUAGGUUUUUUAAAACACCCCAUUCACUCAAGUUACACUUAACGCCUCUCUCGUUAUGGUAGUUUCCCCUUAAACUGUUUAUUUACAAGGGCAGCUGGUGGAUCAAUGCUUCAGUUUUCUAUAAUUAUGCUUUUGUCUUGUUGAACUUCACUGAUCCUUCACAGGACUAAUUACACAGAAGAUUUUACAAUCAUCAGAUGGGAUCAGUGAAAACAUUGUCCUUGAAUUGUUCUGAUAAAUCACUGAAAAGAAAAACACCCAAACUAAACUGUAUUUACAUUAAAUAAAAGGCUUUUUACACUGUAGAGUAACAGACACAAGACCUUCUCCUAUGAGCAGACACAUAUAUAUAUGUAUUAGUAGAGCAGUGUUUUACGAUAUUAACCUGCAGUCUGUGUUUCUGCAGCAGCUUCCUGGUGCCCACAUGAGGGGUUGUAGUUCAACCAACUUCAUCAGUACAGUAUUUGCUAAACGUUGAUGUGAUGUUGAUAAAUGCUAAUUAGGGAAAGAUGGAAGCAACGUAAAAAUAUUCCUCUAAUUUGUCCUUGAAUCUUCAGUUUACUGGCUAAUUUGACCUCUUUAGCUCUCCGGAUCGGAACUUUUUGGAUGAUCAUGGUUCAGAAGUAAACAUGACUUCAGUUAAAGAGCCUAUAUUCUGCUUUUAGGUCGUAGCUUCUUUCUGUGUGUAGAACAACGUCCACGUCAAAGGCAGUCACUGUCUCCUCACCUGCAUCAAACGUCUAGUUUAAAGUCCAGGCUUUUCUUCAGCUACAUAUCUACAUCAGCAUGUAACACAUUUCCAUCACAACAGCAAAGAACGAGACGUCAGAACAGACGGAUGGGGCGCUUAAAGAGUUUCAGACAGAAGACAUGCUGCUGCAGUGUCCAGCAGGAGAACACGAGUGCUUUUGAACAUUAAAGCGUGUAAACAUGUUCUAGUCGACCCAAAAAAUGUAAUUAUGAACCUGUGAAUGUGCAGAAUAUAGGCUCUUUAAUGCAUCACAAAUCUUCAGUCAAAGCUAUUUUUCCUGAGCUGAGGUUCAUGUUUUGAGUGUUUUGACUGUUUAAAGGGAAUUCAGCGAGCUCGGCAGUCUUUCACCACCAGUGCCCUUCUUAGUGUUUUCAGUUUUUUAGUUGAGUUUCUAGCAUCUAUUUUUCAUCCUGAGUAAGCUUAAAAAAAAAAAAAAAAAAAAAAAGACCUGGGUUGACAGAUGUACGGUUUGUAUUAACAUACCUCGUACUUCCUGGAUUUAUGAGUUUGAUCUGGCACGGCAGCCUCCGUGAGGAGCUGGCGUCCACCCGGGUCUCAUCCAACUUAACUUCGAACAUUCCUCGGAGCAACUUGACCGCUCGUGUUUUCCAGCGCUUCAGACAUAUCUGGUGCACAUCCAGCAUAAAGCACAAGUUCUAUUUUUGUACGUAGGUUUAGCGGUCGGCUAGGAGGCGGUUCGGUUUUGAUCACAGGGAUGCGUGAGGGAAUUAAAAACAAAGCUUCUCAGGUCAUUAAACUCCUCAGGGGUGUAAGAUAAGGACAGCAGUGGUGAGAAAUGACUGUAGAUAGUUCUUGAGAUUCUUCAUAUAGAGCUGCGUCUGUAUAUAUGAGCGACACUCGGCUGUUUGUGUGCGUAUAUCGUGUUUCGUUUUAUCGGCUGAUGAUCUUGAGCAGUUCUCAAACGUCACGUUUCUGGAGAGAAGUCCUUCAGCUUGAUAUCAGAUCACUGUCCGAGCUCGUCUUUGGGUGCAGGACUCCCGUGUUUCUGGAACAUUUUGACUCAUGAGCACAAUUCAUUUCAUUUUUCUGUUGAAAAGCAAAAGGGAUUCUUGUUUCUGCCUUAUCUUGUCAACUUUGGAUGCACUGUUGUUUGUUGUUGUUGUUGUUUUGAGUGGUCAGUAACUAGAAACUGGUCACUUUGAUUUGGUUUUGUCGUGGAAAAAGGGCAAAUAUUAAAAAAUCAUGGAGCCUGAUUGUUAUUUCAUUCGAUGCACAAGCUGCUCUGCUGAUACGUCAGAAAUUAAGUCGAAAUCACUGAAGAACAGACGGAAAAGAAACUGUCCUGAUGUCGUGGAAUCAAUUCUGUUUGACUUUUCUAAAUGAACAAAACGGAUCUUUAAAGUCUCAAUAAACUGGAGUCUAAUGAGGCCAGAACAAACCUCUGCAGGUAUUUAUUGGGUUAUUUUGGCCUGUAAUGGUCCUUCAAGGUUUGGGGAGUUAGAAGCUCCACACUGGAUGGUUAUCAGUGACUCCACUGCUUCGUCUUGGCCCUCUGAACCUCGAGCUGUUUCUGGGUGUUUUUUUUUUGCUCUUGUCAUUUUCAGCUACUGUGGGUUUUUACUGUGAUAUGAACUUCUGCACCUGUACGGAAACAGCACAACAUUUUUCAAAAAUAUGUACAACACAGGUGUUAGUGCCAGUAGUAGGGAAGCAAAAUGGCGCCUCUGUAACAUUUAAGUUUGUGCAUGUUCACCACGUUUUUCACAUCAGCUCCAGCGACAUGUUUCACCAUGCUGAAUGUCCAACUAGUUGCUCGUCUGCACCGUAUUCGAGCCAUUUUUCUGUCACAUGACUGUUAGUUGCAGCCGAGUUAAAUAACAAACAAGUGAUAUUGAUGAACGAUAACUUUGAUAUUGUCCCAACGGAACUUUACGGCACAUACGAUUCAUUCAAGGACCAUUUUUUCCACAGUUUCUGACAUAUUUUUCAAACUUGCCGGCAGGUUUUGGGGUUCAGAGGGUUAAGUAGCAGUGAACUUACCUUUUGUUGAAAAUUCUGUUUUGUGUUUUUUUUAGUGGACGAUGUUUGUUUUGCCUCUGUUUUAAUAUAUUUGCUUGUUUCGGGUAAAGAACUGGGAUUAAUCUGCAUAUCAGUAGCACAACCAGUUCAGUUUAUUUAAUGAGUGACUCAGUUACAAAGUGUAAAUGCUACUGAAACAUGAUCUUCUCUCAUGUGUUCGCCACUGGAAGCAUCUAAUUUAUUCAUUUUCGUCUUCAGUACUUUCUUUUAGUUCUGCCUGUUUCUCAUAUUUGCAGGUGUUUGGUUUAUAUUGUAGAAAAUGUGCAGUUUAGUAUCAGCUCUGUGUUCAAGUAUGAACCCGGUAAGAAGGUUCAAAUGUAGACACAUUGGCCUCCACGGUAAACAGAAAACUACAAAAGAAAGAGAAAAUUAAUUUGAUGUUUUCAGCCUCAGCACCUUAUCAGAUUUCUGGGCAAACUGCAGGCGAGCGAGAAGCCACCCAGACUCCAGAACCACGAGUUCCCACUGCUUCAUGUGCAAAACGGUUUCUUUUCAGGAUCGUCUCAGUUUUCUGUUCCUGAAGUGUGUCUGCCUUAAAGUGUGCAGUGCAGGUCAGGCAUCUGUUUGAGAUCACCGGUAUUUAGUUUGUAUAUGUUGUUUGUUUGUUUGCUUGUUUAACAAAGAAAAUAAAAAGUAAGGAAACACGA